UAAAAUACAAAACAAAACAUUGUGAAAGCAAAGUUAAUAAUAUUAAACCACAAGUGUUAUAUAUAAUUCAAACUAAUCUUCCAUAAUACAGUAUAUUUCAGCCAAAGUUUUGAACCAAAAAAAUGGCAGAUGAAAACUACAAUCAAAAUGAUCAAGAAAAUAACGUCGAACCUCCUCCGGUUGCAGCAGUGAUGGUGCCCUUCCCAAUGCAAGGCCAUCUCAAUGAGGCUCUUCAUCUGUCCAACCUCAUAGCAUCAUAUAGUAUACCAGUUCAUUUUGCUGGAUCAACAACGCACAAUAGCCAAGUCAAACUACGUCUCCAUGGUUGGAACCCAGAAAAUACAAGUAAAAUUCAUUUUCAUGACUUAAAACUCCCUCCAUUUAGCUCCAUUCCUCCCAAAUUCAAUGCUCAUACCACAUUUCCUGGGCACCUCCAACCACUUUUUGAUGCUUUCGAAUAUCUCCGCGAGCCUGUGUAUCAGCUUCUACAAGAACUUUCAGGUAAAUUUAGGAAAGUUGUGGUCAUUCAUGAUACUCUGACAGCAUCGGUUGUUCAAGAUGUUAAACUGAUCUCAAACGCUGUGACAUAUGCCCUGCAUAGUGUCUCUGCCUUCACCAUCUUCUUCUAUACAUGGGAUUCAAUAACCGAGAAGCCUUUUCAGCUAGAUUUUGAUAUCCCAGAUGAUAUUCCAUCUAAGGAAGGGUGCUUUACACCCGAGUUUGAAGACUUUAUAGCAAAACAAUACAAGGUUUUGAACUUUGAAAGUGGAAGACUCUACAACACAAGCAGAGAGAUUGAAGGUAGAUAUAUGGACUUGCUGGAAAAACUACCAACAAAUGCUAACAAGAAACUUUUUGCAAUCGGACCGUUGAAUCCAGUGGAGUUAAAAAGCAAUUGCAGUAAAAGCAGACAUAAAUGCAUCGAGUGGCUGGACAAACAAGAGAAAGAUUCUGUUAUAUAUGUCUCCUUUGGAACAGCAACAUCAACGACAGAAGAGCAGAUCAGUGAGUUGGCAGUCGGGUUGGAGAAAAGCGGGCAUAAAUUUUUAUGGGUUCUUCGAAGUGCUGAUAGAAUAGAUCCUUUCACAGAAGAUAGUGUGCAAAGGCCUCAGCUGCCAGCAGGUUUUAGAGACAGACUACAGAGCAGGGGAAUGGUGGUAACAGACUGGGCACCCCAGCUCGAAGUUCUAGCACACCCAUCAACGGGAGGGUUCAUGAGUCACUGUGGGUGGAACUCGUGCAUGGAGAGCAUCAGCAUGGGAGUGCCGAUAGCAGCAUGGCCAAUGCAUUCUGACCAGCCACGGAACACCAUUUUGGUAACACGAGUUCUUAAAACUGGUAUACAUGUCAGGGAUUGGACAAAAAGAACUGAGCUGGUUACAUCAACUACAAUAGAAAGUGCAGUCAGAAGUUUAAUGGAAUCAGAGGAGGGUAAAGAGAUGAGAAGACGGGCUGCAGAGCUUGGAGACAUUGUUAGAGGAUCAACUGUUGAAGGUGGUACUUCUCGCUUAGAAAUGGAUUCUUUCAUUGCUCACAUCACCAGAGAAUACUCCGAAACAGAGGCUAUAUUCAAUAUGGAUGGACUAAGUUGCUGUCAAAAUGGCCUUAAAGAUCAUCAACUGGUUGUGGUGAUGGUGCCUUUUCCAGCCCAAGGACAUACCAACCAGCUCCUCCAUCUUUCUCGUCUAAUAAUCUCCUAUGGAAUACCAGUUCAUUAUGCUGGGUCUAGUGUGCACAACCGCCAAGCUAAGCUCCGCGUCCAUGGUUGGGACCCGGAAAGCUCGAGUAAUGUCCAUUUCCAUGACUUUCAACUUCCUCCUUUCAGCUCACUUCCCCCUAAUCCCAAUGCCUGCACCAAAUUUCCAGAGCAUCUCCAGCCACUUUUUUUUGCUUCUUCCCAUCUCCGUCAACCUGUCUUCCAACUUUUUGAAGAACUCUCUUCUAAGUUCAGGAAAGUUAUCAUCAUCCAUGAUAAUCUAAUGGCUUCAGUAGUGCAAGACGUAAAAUUGAUCCCCAAUGCCGAAUCCUAUACUUUUCUAUCAGUGUCUGCCUUUACCAUCUUCUUCAACAAAUGGGAGUCAAUAACAGAAAAACCAUUUGAGCUAGAUUCUGAUAUUCCAAAAUGCAUCCCCUCUAGAGAAGGAUCUUUCACACCAGAAUUUGAGAAGUUCAUAAUUAAUCAACACAAACUUCUAGAAUUUGAAUCCGGAAGACUAUUCAAUUCGUGCAAAUUGAUAGAAGGUAGAUACAUGGAAUUACUGUCAAAACUACAAACAAAUGGUAACAAGAAACUCUUUGCUGUUGGACCUUUCAAUCCUGUGGAAGCAAAAGGAAAAACCAAUGCUUCUAGGCAUAUAUGCCUCGAAUGGCUAGACAAACAGGAGAAUGACUCUGUUAUCUACAUCUCUUUUGGAACAAUAACAUCAAUAGCUGAUGAGCAAGUCAGAGAGUUGGCAAUGGGAUUGCAAAGAAGUGGACAAAAGUUUAUAUGGGUUCUUAGAGAUGCUGAUAAAGGCGAUUUAUUCGAGGAAAAUAAGGAGAGAAGGCCUGAGCUGCCACAAGGGUAUGAAGAAAGUGUGAAACAUAGGGGACUCAUUGUGAGAGACUGGGCACCUCAGCUUGAGAUUCUGGCCCACCCAGCAACUGGUGGGUUCAUGAGUCACUGCGGGUGGAACUCUUGCUUGGAGAGCAUCACCAUGGGAGUGCCAAUAGCAGCAUGGCCUAUGCAUUCUGACCAACCAAAGAACAGUAUCUUGUUAACAGAAGACCUAAAGAUUGGUUUGUUAACCAGGGGGUGGGAGCAUAGAGCUGAGCUAGUAACAUCAACUGCUGUAGAGAACACAGUAAGAAAAUUGAUGAAAUCAAAGGAAGGAGACGAGAUAAGGAAAAGGGCUGUACAUCUAGGUGCCGCCAUUCGAGGAUCAGUUGCUGAUGGUGGAAGUUCUCGCUUAGAAAUGGAUUCUUUCAUUGCUCACAUCAGCAGAUGAUGCUCUUUCUCAGCACAGGAUACAACAGGGUAAGCAGCCUAUACAUGAGCAGUAUUGAGCACUAUAUCUAUCUGUAUCCUAGUCUUGUGGAUUGAACAUUGUUACAUCAAUGAAACAGAAGAUAAGUCUUAUUUUAGCCUUGCCCAAUACUGCAAUUGUACUCUAGGACAUGAUCAAGUCUGAGAAGGCUAUAACAGGAUAAAAAGAGCUUAAUUGUGA